UGGGAUCGCUCCAGAGGCUUGCUGUUGCUAUACACUCAGGCGAACACAACUUUUAUUUGUUAGCGUUUGUUCGUUAAACCUGCAGUUUUAUGAAAAUGUAGACUAUUUGAACUAAGACGCCCCAUCCUUUUGUUUCGAUUUCCUUUAGGGGGGUUCAAGCCUUUAUUCGGGGAGUCUGCUUUCCCCAGAUCCACCUCAAUUCGUACUGUGCAAUUUUCUUAAUCUACUCAUUCAUAUAAACAAUUCGAGUGUCACAUGAAGGCGGGGCUCCCUGUAACUCAAUAGUGACGUGAUGAGGCUUGUCUUGGUUAAACCUACCAAUGAAACAGGCCUUCUUGACUCCACCGGGGCUACGCGCAGCGAAAGGGUGCCGGAUCAUUGCAACGCAAAGCGGCACUCCGCCGCAGGUGAGGCGGGGAUGCAGCAUCGCUACUCGGGAGCCGUCCAUCAGCACCACCACCAUCAACAACAACCCACGGAGCAUAGGGGUGGCCCUGGUCAGACCGCGCACCCCUUGCCAAAACAGAGCCAAGAGAACCUUCCCAGCCCUUUCAGUCAGGAAACACCGGUCAAAAGCCAAGGGAUCAACCCAAGUCUCGCAGACCGUUCCAAACCCCCCCUAAGUCGGCAGCAGAGUGUUGGAGGGGCUGCCAAAACUGCGAAUUGCCAACAAGAUCAUUGUUCGUGCAGCUGCGUAUUGCAAGAGCAUCAACAGCUGUUGCAGCAGCAGCAGCAGCAUCACAAUCCUCCACCUUCCCUCCAGCUACAGGUUCAGCAGCAGCGCCUGCUUAGGAGCAGCCUGCCCAACUGCUGCGUGAGGGGAUCCGGGGAGCUGAGAAGCCAGCAGUCAGCUUUGCUGCAGCAGCACCGUGACAACGACAGCUUGAGAUCAGGCGAGCAGCGGAAUCUAGCUCAUCACGGCCGUGCGUGGACGCCUGAUAGAUGCCAGGGAGCCAGGAACUCCGUUUCGCCGCGGAGUAAAAGCAGCCCGCUGUCAUCUGACAGUCGCCUGUGGUUCGAGGAGAAUAAACACAGACACGAAGGCUAUAAGGUGAAUGCGGAUGCCAACAGGCUGAGCCAUGCUGGAUCGCGGCCUUCCCUGUCCCACGGCGGCCCACAGUAUCCUCAGAUAGCCAUGAACAGCUGCAAGUACAAUGGAGGCAUAGUCAGACCACUCAGCAGUCUGGGGGCGUCCCGGAGGAACCUAGCAGAGCUGGACUCUGAGACACAGCCUUUGCAGACCCUACACUCUUCCGGCCUUGAGGUGGUGGUCUCCAAAGGGAACGGGGAAGACCCUAGUAAGCAGUCCACUGAGAACCUUGUGAGGCAAAGACCAUGCAGCGCUCCGCAUAAGAAGAACAAGGACAUUGGCCAUAAGCUCGGGCACCGGAGGGUGCUGUUCGAAAAACGCAAGCGCCUUAGCGACUACGCCCUGAUUUUUGGAAUGUUUGGGAUUGUUGUCAUGGUGACGGAGACCGAACUCUCCUGGGGAGUUUAUACAAAGGAAUCCUCAUAUUCAUUUGCACUGAAAUGCCUUAUUAGCCUCUCUACUGUAAUUCUGCUCUGUCUGAUCAUUCUGUACCAUGCACGAGAGAUUCAGCUCUUCAUGGUUGACAAUGGAGCUGAUGACUGGCGGAUAGCCAUGACAUACGAACGUAUCUUCUUCAUCGUUUUGGAGCUGCUGGUGUGCGCCAUCCACCCCAUUCCAGGUCAGUACGUCUUCACCUGGACCGCCCGCCUGGCCUUCACCUACACCCCGUCUGUGGCGGAUGCAGACGUGGAUAUCAUCCUCUCUAUCCCCAUGUUCCUGCGGCUGUAUCUGAUUGGCCGGGUCAUGCUCCUGCACAGUAAGCUCUUUACGGACGCCUCAUCACGCAGUAUCGGAGCCCUCAAUAAGAUCAACUUUAACACACGCUUUGUCAUGAAGACUUUGAUGACUAUCUGCCCAGGCACGGUCCUGCUGGUUUUCAGCAUAUCAUCAUGGAUCAUUGCUGCUUGGACAGUGCACGUCUGUGAGAGAUAUCAUGAUAAAGUGGAAGUCACCAGUAACUUCUUGGGAGCCAUGUGGCUGAUCUCCAUAACCUUCCUGUCUAUUGGUUAUGGAGACAUGGUGCCCAACACAUACUGUGGGAAGGGAGUGUGUCUUCUUACUGGGAUCAUGGGGGCCGGUUGCACUGCCCUAGUGGUGGCUGUCGUGGCCAGGAAGCUAGAGCUCACCAAGGCUGAAAAGCACGUCCAUAACUUUAUGAUGGACACUCAACUCUGCAAAAGAGUGAAAAACACGGCUGCUAAUGUACUCAGGGAAACAUGGCUAAUCUACAAACAUACAAAGCUUGUGAAGAAGAUUGACCAUGCCAGGGUCAGGAAACAUCAGCGCAAGUUUCUGCAGGCCAUUCACCAGUACGUAUAUUUGCAACAUCUGUAA